AAACGAGAGCUUGUCCGGCUUCGUGCGUGAGGCCUUCGAGACUGCGGCGAUACAACAAGGAAGGGGAUCGCUUCGAGACAAGCGGCGCUCCCUCUACAGCCGUCAUUUGCUGGACCUGGACUUUGACGAGGAGAUGCUCUCGAGCCGGGGGGACACCCUCGAGGUCCCUGGCCACGAUUCGAGGCGUAGAACGAGCAAAACCUGGCACCGGGAUCCACCAGCCCCGGAGGAGUACGACAACAACAUGACCUAUCCGUACAAUAAAUUCACCGGAGCUCGAACGGCCAAGCAGAUCAAGGCUUAUGGGAAGAGCUUGAGGGAACGCGGCCCAGUCUCCCCUCGCAUUUUCCAGAAGCGCAACGGAAACGAUCAACAAUCAAGCGCUCGGGAUACGUCACCACCGCAACCCGCCGGAAUCCUGGGGGCUAGGCACCGGUUAUCCCUGCCCACUCCCGAUGAGAUCAACCUCAAGCGGAAACCCCCGAAGAUCUCGUUCGCCAUGUACGACGAGACGAUACCACCGAUCGAUCAAACGGCCCCACCAACGGCUAGGCGUAAGUUUUGUGGUAUUGGCGGUGUUUGGAUUUGGAUGAAGUGUGCGCCU